AAAUAAAAACUCCAUGGUCACACACAGCUGAACAACGCAUGGUUUGUGUCUGACAUAUGCAAAGGUAAACAUGGCAAACAGAAAUGUUUUUGUGAGGAAAAAAAAGAGAAGUUAUAAAGAGCUCAAUUUGGUGUGAGGGGAAGUGGACUGUCCUUCAAGAUCACCGACGGUUCAGAAAGGAGCAGAAACUGCUCAAGUUUCAAUAAGUUACUCAUUUCUUCUAAAGAAUACAGUUUUUAGACAGGGAAAGAGAAAUCUAGAUUUCCUGCAGCUCUACCAGUUUUAAGUUGGGACUUUGACUAGACCUCUUCAAAAACUCUUUUUUUUUUUGGGGUCUUUGUGUUGUCUGCGAAGUUCAAUUACGAUAAGUUAUUUGAAUCAGUUUUGCGGAUUUUAUUUACAGGCAGUGUUUCCAGACUUUCAACACGUUCAGCAUGAAAAAAACUAAACAAACAGCUUUGAGUGGAUUGUUAAAUUUGGGCUGCCUUUCGCAACGGGAGGGUUUGUAGAGGAAAAUUUACAAAUGUAUGUCAUUGUGUGACAAAAGAAAAAAAAAUAGUCAAAAUGCAGCGUUAUUGCACCAAUCAACUAUGAAAUCUUGAUUCUGUUGAUCGUAAUAAGGUGUCACUAUACAAUUGUAUUGCAAAGAACAGAAACCUCAGGGAAACAUCAGGAUUUAAAAGAACAUAUCACCACUAAAAACUCAAGUCACAUCGUGUUCGAAGAGUCAAGACCCCUGCAGUCCCAGUGGGACCUGGUUCUGGUCGGAAUAUGUAUGUAUUCUGAAAAGUCUGAAUGCAGACGAUGACAUAUGGGACACGAGAUUAUUUAUACAUGACCAUAUCUGGCGCUAAGCAUGAAUUAUUUUUGGAGUUCGGUGGGUUUGCAUUGUUUUGGGGGUGAAAACAAUGCAAACCUGGCAACCCUGACAGCAGGUGUCUUUGUGUGAACAUAGUUCACCUGUAACUUAACAAAAGGGGCAAUUAUACAACUUUACACAAGGCAUGUUGGUGUGGAAAACAUGUUCUCUUAAAAUCAGUUGAAAACUCUUUUCCAACAUUUUCAAAUGUCAAACACUAAGUAACGCAGUCGGUUUGUAGCGGCCUUUGUUUUCAGUCAUCAGACAGGAAAUGAGAGAGAGAAGAAGAGACGUGCAGCGAGCGUCUCGAGGUUGUGAGUUGUGGUCCAGUACGCUGCAGGACGCCAAAAAACAAACGCAAAGCACCUACGCAACCACUCAGAAGAGGUCAGCAGCAGACAGGAAAUAACCCAUUAAAAAUGACACCAGAGACGGAGAACUGAGUCAGCAGUAAGAGCCAAAGAAAGCUCAUCAUCACCGAUGAGCCGGGAACCAAAAGAGAAAAGAGAGCCACAGAUGCAGUAUGAUGAUAAGCACUGAAAAAGAAGGAACAGUAAUUAAUGUCUUCAACUAAAGCAAGAAUUCAAACAUACUUUCCAAUUUAAAAAUACUUAACUGGUCCCAAAGGGAAAUUAUACAAAUGAAAUUUGGCAAAAUCUACAGUUAAUCUCAAAAGGAGCAUAAUUUUUUCCCCUGAAUAGUUUUCCAUGCUUACAAAUAUGCUUUUAAUUUGAAGAUGCAGUAUGAAACUUUUAUAAAAAAAUGUAUUUUUUGCAUACAUGUUGAACCUGUCGCUAUGCCAUGACAGUGUGGUACCAGGCAGAUAAUCUGUAGAAAAAAGAAAUUGAGCUCCUCCGCCUCCCACCAGGAACAACUGAUCAGAGCCAGGGGGCGGGUCUAAGAGCUGUCAAUCACCCUUUGUGUGACGCUGCUAAUAUGGCAAUAAGGAAGGCAAAAAGAGACAACAAAUUAGAUGCAUGUUAGACAAUAUAAGGCCUGCAGUAAAGCUCAACACCCUUCUCCUUUCCCCAAUUUUUAAAAAGUGAAUUUCAGAUUGUGCUGUGGCUAAUCUCACCUACCUAGUAAUGGUUAACGCAGUGCAGACAUGAAAGCUCCCCAAGCAAUCCUAAAUUUAAUUUCCUUUAAUCAACUUUUUAAUCUAGCGAGCUUCCUGUGGUUUAACUUUGAACUACAGCCUGUUCUGUGGCUUCUACAGCAAUCACCAAUGUGCUUCCAAUAAAUUAUUCAGGACAUGUUUCAUUAGGACAAAUCCCGAACAGACUGAAUAUUUCAUAGCGUCUGUUUAGAUUCUCCGCCAGCGCAGCGGUUAGAAACGUUCAAAUGAAGCUGAUCUUGGAGGAGCAGCCCUCCUGUCCGACUAAUCCCGAUGUUGUGAACCACUGCGCGGGCCGGGCAGCGGCGCUUCGGAGCUGACGGUAAGAGGAUAACAUCGGCACAAUCUCAGCACUUUCACGGUAACGUAAACAGAUUAGCACAAAUUUGUUUUGCCCGGCAGAUGUUGAUGGCUAGUUGAUAAGCAACCUCUAUCAGCGGCACCACGGAAUAAAACUCCCUAAGAUUAAAAUCACGCACGGCAGCAAGGCAAUGACAGGAAAUCCCUAAAGGGAGGAGAGAGUGUGAGGAAAAACCAUGCAACAUGUUUCGAUGUUAAAUUUUAGAAUGAUGACAGGACUUGAUGUGCAUGUGGGACAGUCAUAAAAUAAUGUAGUUGAGUUACUUCAUUGGACUCCGUCUGUCUGGGGUCUCUAAGCACAUAAAAGGCAUUGACCUAAAUGAAUCAGGACUUUCCCAGAGCAUUUUUCAUCCACAGUCUAGUUAGGAUUUGCCAUUUUUUAAGGCUAAAACUCUAGAUGUCAUAUAUAUAUAUAUAUAUAUAGGAGAAAGACCAGACACUGUAACCAGUAACGUGCUGUAUGAUGUGAACUGUAACACACCUGGAAGAAACAUUUUGAUCAACUGCCUGGAGGAAUUUAAAUGGUAAUGCAUUUGAAUCAGAAUAUAUUAUCUUGUCCUGAACUGGAUUGACUUUAAUGAUUUGUGGCAAAGUUGAAUCAGAUGUUCCUUAAUAUGACAAUCUGUAUUACAAUGACUAGACUGAUAGAUAACUAUCUAGCUACAUUUUGGAGAAGUCAUGUGGCUUCUCUAAAUGGCUGUAGCCGCCAUAAGAGAAAUAAGGAGGUCUAGACGUUGGCUUAUGUAGCAGUGCUAUUGCAUAUCAAGUAAUAUUUGCUGUUUGAACUAUUAAAAUAGGCAGCUAUGACCAUUUUAGAGGAAAUUAAGUAUCACAGAUUUUAGCUCUUCGCUGUUGACUUUGAUCUAAGAGUCUAGAAUACUAUGUGGUCCACUGUAAAAUCAUAUUUUUCCAUUAUUCCCUUAUUUCUUCAAAUAAUUUUGCUUGAUCACUUGGUCCAUUCCAAACUAAAUGUUGAUUCUGUUAUUAGGCAUUAAGAAAUACAGAAAUUCUGUGUUAAAUUCUGCAUUUCUUACACUUUUUGUCUUCUCAUUCUUCAUUGGAAAACAUUAGUUGCUCGUUUGCCAACAUAGCGAUAUUAAAAAGUCACAGGCUUUCAAAGAAUGCAAACAAGUAGGAUCGCAACUAUGUACUUUGACGUAUAUGCAAACACACUAUAAACAUAAGAUCAUUGUUGUCUGUGUGUGUGGGCGAGCGUCGGGAGAGGAGCUGAAGGAGUGGAAUGACACCUAAUCAGUGCCUCUAUUCCUGAUCAAAUCAUUUACACACACAAACAGCUGCUUACAGAAAGAAAAUGCAGACAAGAAAUCAUUCUUUUGCCAAUGUUUGGCGCCCCGUUUUAUGCGGCGCCCACCUUUUCCGCCACUGCAAACAAGUGUGGUGGAAACAGCAUUUUAGUAAUGCGUUUGGAAUUGCCAUGCAGUGUGAUAAAUUAGCACAAGUAGCUGAAUGCUGACUGUAAGAGGUUUCAGUUGGCCUCAGUCCAUCAUUGCCAAUGUGAGAAAAUUAAACCAGAAGUCCCCCCCCCAUCUUUAAAUCCGAUUAGGAAAUCUAAUGUGUUCCAAGUGUCGACAGAGAAUUCUCUCCUCUCUCUCCUCUUGCUUCACAGCAUGCCAAAUUCAGAUCAUACUUUAUUCUUCUUUCUGGGGAGUGGGUGUGAAUACAAAUAGGUCAGUAGCCCAGCCCCCCACCCCCCGCCUUCCCUCUUUAACAGAGCAGCCAGCAACAGCAGCAGAGACGCCGUGACGUGCUGGGAGAGCGUAAUGCCACCAAGCCUGGAGCUGCCUCUCAGAACAAACGCACAACUGACAGCACUGCCUCGCGCUCCUCCUGGCUGUCCUCAUCCUCCCCCGCUGUUUGCAGCCAGAAAACAGAGCGUGAGAGGCUGCCGAAUCAGGGAAGGCAAGAGAGGAGCAGGGGAAAAAAACAAGAGGACUGGAAAGAGAUCGCAGGGAGAGAAGACAACAUGCGUAAAUCAAAGGAAAAGAGUGCAGAGGAACAUGAGAAUGGAAAGAGGAAGAGAAGCUGAAAGGAGACGUGAAGCCCGUCCGAUGACUACUGCUCUGAUUAACACAUCUUGAUUACGGUGAAAAGGACCCGCGGCUGCGGCUAACCGUCACCUACAGCCUACUCUUCUUUUUCCUCCUCCAGCCACAGGCAGCUGCAGCAGCGUCAGAAACCAGCCUCGGGGCUGGGGAGGGGGGACAAUGCAUCAAGACAGAUGGAGAGAUUGCAACACUCCAGCUCUUCACGCACGCUCAGCUGAUGUGUGGGGGGAGAGCGACGGCUACGCAACCGGCUGAACGCGUCGUUUUCCCACUCCGAGUAGAACGAUGGUGAAAAGCGAUCGGUCUGAGCUGCAGCGAGAAAACAGGAGGGUUCAUCGUGGGCUCUGGAGGAAACGAGGGAGGACGUGAGCCGCCCGAGCCUGCACUGCACGGCUGUCUUUCAACGACGGCUAAGGAGGGAGGAAAGACCAACAGGGCAGAUGAGAUGAAACUCUUCAGUUCUCACAACCCACUGUCCUGGUGAAACCCUUCAGUAGAGAACCGUUUACAUCUGUUAACAUGAGUAAACAUGAGAAGUCAGAGCUCACUCAGCUUCAGGCUGCUGCUGCUGGUGGAGAUGAUACACAUAUAGUCAGUCUUUUAGGGAAUGAUCAAAGCGAUCUGCAGAUAAGGAAAUCAUCCUAUGGGUUUUAGCUUUCUGAACAACGCACUUCUCUCCAUCGGACUAAGAUUAAAGUUCUGGUUAUCUCUUGGUGUGGGCACAGAUGCAAAUAAAUACUGCAGAGUGAACAACCUUUAAACCUGACACAAACUCUUCACUUCUGUGAUCAGAGAGCGGCUGAAGGACACAGAACAAUGCAGUGGAGACGGCGCCACUGUUGUACGCACACGGCCAAACUUCUCUAUCUCCUCUCUCUGCUGGGAUUCCUCGUGUUCCUGGUCCACCACGUGCGGCUCCCCAAGCUCUCUGGGAUCCCGUGGUGGAGGGGCUACCCUGUGGUGUACGGAGGCACGGUGCUUCAAACCGCAAGAAGCAAAUGGAACGGCAGUGCCGCGCACUCAGCGUGGAGGUUUGUGAUCGUUCCCCAGGGAACGUUGACAACCAAUGCCAACAUCAAUGUCUCUUUUCAUCGUAGCGACACUGGCUUUGAGGGUAAUUUGACAGGCAACAGCAGCCAGAGCCAAAUGGGAGCUCUUAUUGCUACUCUGACCCACGGACCUUUCCCUUAUGUCAUCAACGAGCCGGAUAAAUGCCGACAGAGCAAACUUGCCCUGUUUCUCGUCCUGCUAAUUGCCACCGAAGCUCGUCAGGUGGAAGCGAGGAAUGCCAUCCGGCAGACUUGGGGGAAUGAGAGCGUUUUCCCCUCCUUGGGAUUUAUUCGACUGUUUCUGCUGGGGAAGAAAGAUGGAGAGCUGGGACUUCUGCAGCAGAAGAUGCUGGAGGCAGAGAGCCGGAGGCAUCGCGACAUCAUCCAGCAGGACUUCCUGGAUUCCUAUAAAAACCUGACGAUAAAGACUCUGAUGGGAAUGAACUGGGUGGCGAAGCACUGUCCGACGGCGAGCUACGUGAUGAAAACCGAUAGCGACAUGUUCGUCAACACGGAGUACCUCGUCUACAAGCUGCUGCGGCCGGAUCUGAAGCCCAAGAAGAACUACUUCACAGGCAACAACAUGAGAGGCUUUGCACCCAACCGGAACAAAAACAGCAAGUGGUACAUGUCGCCCGAGCUCUACCCGGGUGAACGGUACCCCACGUUCUGCUCCGGGACGGGAUACGUCUUCUCUGGGGACCUGGCCGAGAAAAUCUACCGGACGUCGUUGAGCGUCCGCCUACUGCACCUGGAGGAUGUGUUCGUGGGAAUCUGCCUGGCCGAGCUGCAGAUCGAGCCCAUGCCUCCGCCCAACGGCUUCCUGUUCAACCACUGGCGGGUGUCGUACUCCAGCUGCAAGUACAGCCACCUGAUAACGUCGCACGGUUUCCAUCCCAACGAGCUGCUCAAGUACUGGCAUCACCUUCAGAGCAACAAGCACAAUGCCUGCAUCGGCACGCUCAAGGAGAGGUCGAGCAGGGCCCACUCCAGACUCCGGGACAAGCAGGCGCAUUUACUGAAACAGUAGCUGUUAUCUUUGACCGUAUAACUGCGCAAUUUCACAUUUUGUACAUAAAUUUGCUUAAUGAAAACAUGGCACUUUUGCCCCCCAAAAAAUGUUUUUUGGCAUUAGGAUGAAGUGUUUUGUUUUAACUAUGCUGAAAUUGGUUUAUUUCACAAAACUCCAACAGAAAUACUUUCGCGUCACACAAAUCGCAUGAUUGACAACCAGAUGCUACUGGGUUCAAACAACUAAGAUGACAAGAAGUGGUAGGAGCAUGAUGGCGCCGCAUGUUUAAUGGCUUACCGUGUAAACAAACUUAUUCAUGUGUGAUUUUAAUUGUGUUUGAUAGAAAUGCCACAAUUGCGUUUAGCAAAAUUGUGUUUUUUCAACACAGGCGGAAUAUUGACAGAGUUUUGCCAAUAUUUGUAAUGGAAGCGCAGUAGGGUCCAUUUAAACCCUACUGCUCAAUACACCAAUGAUCCCCAUCAUUGUUGAACAAACCUUACUUAUUUUGAGAUAAGACAAACAAAACGUGUAAAAACUGAUAAAAUCCUGUGAAAUUGUUGCCAUUUUUCAGCUAAUUCUGUUUCUACCGGAGUGAUUCCCAGCAGAACGUCCAUGUACACGGUGCUGUCAUGAAAAAUAAAGGGUGAAAUGAACAGGCGUGCAGAUGAAACGUCUCUGUACAAUGUUAAAUCUGCUGUCGAGUUUGAUAAUCUGAAAUAAAUAAACAUUUCCAACACAACAACCACAGCUUUGGGGGGGG